AUGCAAAAGAAAUACUACAAGGGGAGUUCCUGCAAACAAGAAUCUGUAGCGCUUACUGCUGUGGCAUUACAAGACCACAUUUUACAUAAUCUUCAGCUCAAGAAUCUUUCAUUAGCCGAUCAUUUUAAAUCAAAGGCACAGAAUAAAAAGAACGCAUACAAACCUGUGAACAAAGGGAACGUCAGAGCAUUAAUAGAUACCGGACUGAGAAAAACAGGUAGUCACCAACAAGAAAAUGAAGACCCAGAACAAGAAUAUGUCCUCGAUCCUUGUCCUCAGCCUCUUACAUUAGCUCAGAAACUUGGCUUGGUGGAGCCUCCUGCAUUUCCACUAACAACAGAUGAAUGGGAGCAUGUGAAGCAACGAUCCAUAAAACAAGGAGAUUCUGUACACCCUUGUGCCAUAUGCAGAGAAGAAUUUGCACUUCAGCCACAGGUGCUUCUGUCAUGUUCACAUGUGUUUCACAGAGCAUGCCUGAAAGCUUUUGAAAGAUUUGCAGGUAAAAAGACCUGUCCAAUGUGUAGAAAGAUCCAGUAUCAAACUCGAGUAAUUCAUGAUGGAGCACGCCUAUUUAGAAUAAAGUGUGCUACAAGAAUUCAGGCUUGCUGGAGAGGGUACAUUGUUAGAAAAUGGUAUAAGAAUCUGAGAAAAACAGUGCCUCCAAAAGAUCCCAAAUUGCGGAAAAAAUUCUUUGAAGAAAAGUUUACAGAGAUUUGCCAAUGCUUACGGAAUUUGUAUGAGAACAAUGUAGAUAAACUCUUCUCUGAGAUUGAUUCUACAAUAACUGCAAGUCAAACUCUAUUUCAACAACUGGACAAAAAACUGGGCCCAUUCAUAAGUGAAGCUGAGUGGGAAAAAAUACAGAUGCAGGCUCUCCGGCAAGAUAUAGCUGACUGCCCAAUUUGCAUCAUGCCCCUCAGUCACCCCACUGGUCUUCAGGAUGGACUUCCCCAGGACAGCCACCAAUCAUGUUCACGCAAGACUGUUCUGCUCUCCUGUUCACACAUGUUCCACAACACCUGCCUUCAAGCAUUUGAAGAGUUUUCCUUAGGAGAAACACCCAUUUGCCCCUUGUGCCGCUCUUGCUAUAAAAAGAAAAUCCUUAAUAUGUUAGCAUAA